CAUCCUCACUCUUCACUUUUCAGUGCUUUUUGCACACUCCAUGCCUUCUGUGUCAAAAAUACAGCAAUACACGACCCAGCACUCCAUAACUGUGGCUGAGCUUGACAAAGAAAAAAGAAAAGAGAAGAAUCAGCAACUAAAACCGCUUUUUCUUUUUCUUCAUAUCUUUAAUGUCUGCCCUUUGAUCUCUGUUUCAUACUGGAAAAUUCUCUAUCUGUCUUUCUUCUCUCAUUUUCUCUUGUAUUUAAAUUGCAUGAUUUAACCGGAACCUUUAUUUUAGUUUGCUUCACCUCUGAGUUCCAGCCUUCCAGGUAUUGGAUUGAUCGUAAUCUGACCGUUCUGUAUUUCAUUAGAUCGAAUUUUGAGAUUGAGAUUGUUGAAGAGAUAUAAGGAGAAAUGGGUGUUCUUAUGGAAAUUGGGGUUCGGAUGAGGAGGUUUCUGGUCAUUUCAAUGAGAAGAAGUUAUAAAUCAGUUUGCAAUCAUCCAUUUCUCGCGGGUGUGGUGUGUUUUUUGUUAUUCCUGUACAGAUCAUUUCCAUUUUUGUUUUCCCUUUUGGUCUCUGCCACCCCUGUUGUAGUGUGCACUGCUGUUUUGCUUGGGACUCUUUUGAGUUUUGGGCAAUCAAACAUACCUGAAAUUGAAGAAGAAGAAGACGACGAGAAAGUUUCCCAUGAUAUUGCAUCUUUAAAAGCCGGAGUUAUAGGAGAGGAUAGUCUUGUUAGUAGAGAUGAGAGUCUUGUUGUAGAGAGAUUUAGUGGGGAGCAAGGUGAUAUAAUAGAGAAAUCUGAUGAAGAAACUAGUCCAUUGGAUAAUAGACUUGAUAAGGUUGAGGAAGAGGAUGGUUCAGUUGAUUAUAAUCUGCUAAUUAACAAGGGUUCAAGAGAAAUUCAGUUAGAGAUGCCGGCAACUAAAGAGGUGGAGGGAGAAUUCAGUGAUUUGCUGAACAAUAGGGGAACUCAACUUGAAGCACAGAUGGUUGUAAGCAUGCUGACUGACAGGGAGGAUCUUGAGCAUCAUUAUUCUUUAACUGCAAACAUCAAAGAUGAGAAUAUUCGUAUUGAUGAUGAUAGAUUUAUCGGAGAGUCUUCCGCUGCUUGCAUGGAAUAUCAGUGGGAUUCAUCACUGAAACCGACAAAAAAUGACAAUGAAGAGGAUACCAACUAUGACGAUGAAGAGGAUGAUGAUGAUGAUGAGUCUGGGUCUGAUGGAGCAGAGAGUUCCUCCCCAGAUGCUUCAAUGGCAGACAUCAUUUCAUUGCUUGAUGAGCUCCAUCCACUCUUAGAUGAGGAAGCUGCAGCUCGUGCUCAUUUGUCUCAUGAUGGAUCGGAUGCUGCUUCAGAGAGAUCUCAUAAAAGUGAUGAAAGCGGUGAAAAGUCAGAAGAUAUGGAAAAUCAGGCAGAAGAAGAUGACGGUGAAGAAGAAGAGGAAGAAGCAGCACAGGAAAGUAAGGAGGAUGGAAGCAAAUAUGCAAUCAAAUGGACAGAGGAUGACCAAAAGAACCUGACGGACUUGGGGACUUCAGAGCUUGAAAGGAACCAACGUUUGGAGAAACUCAUUGCUAGGAGAAGAGCUCGUAAAAAUUUGAGGGUGAUGGCUGAGAAGAAUCUCAUAGAUUUGGACAGUGAUGAUCUUCCUCUUAGUAUUCCACCCAUUGCGACAACAAGGCGCAACCCCUUUGAUAUCCCGUACGACUCCUAUGACAACGUUCCUGGAUCUGCUCCAUCAAUAUUGUUGCCAAGACGAAACCCUUUUGAUCUUCCUUAUGACUCAGGCGAGGAAAAGCCUGAUCUCAAGGAGGACAGUUUUCAACAAGAGUUCACAUCAAUGCAACCACGGGAAGCAAUUUUUAGAAGGCAUGAAAGUUUUAGUGUGGGGCCAUCAGUUUUAUGCGAUACCAGACAAGAGCGGCAAGAUUUCAAAUGGAGACCUUAUUUUGUACCAGAACGAUUUGCGACAGAUGGAGUAGGCUAUCCUUCAUUCCAACGGCAAUUAAGUGAAAUUAGUGAAUCUAAGAUAAGUUCUGUUCCUGAUACCGAAUCAGUGUCGUCAGCCAUGGAGGAUGAGGGAAAGAAGAACAAUGAAAACUAUUUUCCCCAAGAAAUUGUUGCAAUCUCCAACAUAGACCAUGCUUCUGUCCAGGUUGAACAUGGAAGUGAAUCAUCUGAAGUUGAUUCUGUGGAUAUUGAUCAAAUUGAGGGAUUAGAUGUUCUCCAUGAUGUUGAGGAAAUUACAUUGGGCGAUGUGGAAGGUCAUCAUGAGCUGGGGUCUAUCUUGUCUGAAGCAGAAAGGCUGGAUACUUCCAUAGGAGAAUUGUUAAGUCGCCAUGUAGUUGACUUGAGUAUACCAGAAGCAGGAGCGCCAGCUAUUCCUAUGGAUGUUGACACUAGUGAAAGUCAUUUGAAGACAGAGCCAAUUGAGGAGGAGUGCCGUAGUAGAUCGAGCCUAUCAUCGUUGUCAGAAGUAGAUGAAAGAAUAUCUGAUGUUAGAGAAGAAGGAUCAACAGGUUUGAAUCAAGCAUGCAAUCAUACUGGGGAAUCUGGCAUUUCAAGACAACUUUCACUUGAGGAGCCGAAGUUUCACUUUAUAAGUGGCGUAAUGGAUGAAAAUCAUUAUAGGGAGCCUGUUUAUGAUUCAAGUCCACCAGCAGUCGAUAAAUUCCACUCAUUUUCCUCAAUAUCCUCUGAUAUGCAAGCAGAGAUAUCUGAAAUGGGUUCACCUCCAGUCUUGGUUGAAUCUGCUGAGGGACACAAUAAAUUGCACGUUGAGAGCACUCAGACAGGUACUAGUGGUCAUGAAGAGGUGCUCGUAACCUCCGCACAAGUGCAUCUAAUGGAAGCAAAUGAAUCACGAUCAUCAGAAGUUUCAGAGGUUCAUGAGCACGAUGUCAAAAAGGAUGAGUCAUCAGGAGUCAAUACUAAUUGUGAUAAUGGGGAGGAAACUAUGGUGCCUGAAUCUGGGGUUGACCAUGUUAUAGUUGAUUCAGGGUCAUCUUCUGAUGGGUCAGAAGAUGAGUUUAUAAAUGCCAAAGAGAAUAACUAUUCUUAUGAACAGGAUCAAGUGAACUCAUCAAGUCUUCAGGAGGGAAUUCUCAUUGGGGUAAACCCAGGUGUAGGUGAAAAUUUGUAUUCCACGACUUCUAGUAAUCAUUUGACUUCAGUUGAUUUAACCAUGUUUUCACCACAUGAGCAACUGCCGUCACUGAUGGUUGAGCGUGUUUCGGUGGAUCUCAAUGUACCAUCUUGUGAGGCAGCAGCUGCUGAAGAACAUGCGGAAGCGAAAGAAACCCUUCAUCGUGAGGGGGAACAAGUCCGCUCAUCAUGUUCAUCGGAUAAUGAAGUGAUUGAUGAAGCCACGAUGCAUAAGGAUGAAAAUGUUCAGCCUCAUCUGGAUAAAUAUCUGUCACCAAGUUAUGAUUCUCAAAUCCAUGUUGAGGGCCAUCAAGAUGCAGGGCAGAAAGUGGAUGUCUUGGCUUCUAGUUACAUGCAAAUGCCUUCUGAUAAGCUAAAUUUGUCUGCAUCGGAGGAAUCAGAGCAUGUGAUGUCUGCAGUACAAGAACAUCUUCCCUCCUCAAACUCUGAUGCAAAAAUCCAUUCUGGUCUCGAUGAAGAUACAGAUCUGAUACUUCCGUCAUACUCGAAUCAUCUAAAUAUGCUUCCUGGCGAAAACCCUGUGGGUGAAUUGGAGAAACAGCCCUGGUCAGAUAAAUCUGUGGUUGAUCCAUUGAUUGAUGUUCAUGACCAACUCCCAGUAGUCCAGGAACAAUAUAAAGUCCCACUGGACUCUCCAAGGGAAGGAGAUGCCAUUAACAAUGAAAAUGUUCGGGAACUUCAUGAUCCCGUGGAUGAAGUUUCAAAAAAUGCCACUUCGAUGAUCUCAAAUUCCACCUCAGUCCCAUCUGGGAGUUCCAGUGACCAACCAUCCGCUGGUGUAGUGGAUUUGGAAGACAAGAUCAUGGACAACAUUGUAUAUGAGGAUGGUGGUCAUGUCUCAGAAGACCUUCAUUAUUCAAUGAAAGAAUUUGGGCAUCCUAAGGAGCAAAACAUCGCUGGGGAAGCAGAUGAUUUGAGGGACAUUGAUGAAGGAUUUUUGUCAGAAUUGGACAGAGUCGGGGACUUUAGAGUUGAGGAAGUUGGUGAGUCAAUCCAUGAUGAGCAAAUACCAAGAAAGUAGUCUUGGCAGUCACGAAUAUGAUUUGUUUUCCGAAGUCUCAGACCCGAGAUAUGCCUGCCAAGAGCUUCCAGUUCAUGAACUUAGAUUAACUGAGGACAUCGACCUAGCUUUCAAGGUACUGCAUGAAGGAACAUAUGUUAAAGAAGUCAUUCUUCCCAGUUUGGUUGAGGAUCAGCCGAUCAGGUUGUUGUUGACGGAUCUGAACAUCAUGUACAAUGAAUUCAGGUUUACCAUUUUUUUAGGCUAUAUCUGUGGAAGAUAUUGAUGCCGCUAUUAAGCAUGUCUCUGAAAGUAAUAUAGAAGGAAUGCCAAAACUGUUAAGUUCAAAGGAGGGAUCCGCAGAAGAAGGAAAUGAGCUGGGUCAUUACCAGCAGAUUGAAUCAACAGGCAUAGAAUCUGAUGUUCAAGAAAUUAAUGUGCUUGCUUCUAGUGAAACAAAACAUGAACUUGAUGGAACUUGUGGAACCUCUAGUUUGAGUAUACCAGAUAUAAGAGAUGAGAAGGAUGAACCUGAAAAGGCAAGUUCUAGUUUAAGCUCAAGUGAUUCUGAUUGAAGAUGAAUAUCAAAGGAGUGUUUUCCCCUCUCUGUUUCUUCCAUGGCAAUGGGUUUUUCUUUUUCUUUUCUUUUUUCCUGGUUUACUGGUGUGGACCGUGCGGUUAGAUAUGUGCUUUUAGCUUACUUCUUGAUUGAUUGACUGAUUUCAAGGAGUUUUGGUUUGCUUUCUUGAAGUGUGAUUACUUUUUAUUCAAUAAACACUUUGACAAAUA